AUUUAGUUACCCAUUGCCUGGGAUAAUUGUUUCCUUCCCUUGUUGGUUUCUCUCUUCGUUUUCCACUUUUUAAUUUCCACUGAUCUGAUUCACUGUUUUUUUUAAGCUAGUUUGCUACAUUUCGGUUUUAAAAGUUGAGAUCGGCACCGAAAAGCACCACUUGCUGGCUUGUGUUUUGACACAAUUUACCAUUUAUCUCUCGGGGGUUUGUGUGUGAAUUGUCCCUUCUGAUGUUUUAUUUUCAAUCAUUGAACCAAAAACCCGUGAAUUUUUCAUCUGGGUCCCCUUUCUUGUACUCCAUUUCAUCUAUUUUUCUUCCCUCUGAUGUUGUUUUCUUUAUAUGUUGCUUCAAUUGCUUUAGAUUUCGCCUGAAAAUUUGACAUCUUUCCUUCUGUUUUCCCCUCUGUUGAGCUAAUUUUUGUGAGUAAGACUUGAAUUUGAAAUUUGAGGGUAAAAAGGUUGGUGAGUUUUAGGUGUGGAGGCAAAAACUGAAGAAUUGGCAAAAAUGGCAGAUAGGUAUAGGUUGGUUUCAAUUGAGGAAUUGCCAUCGCAUUUGAUUUUGGAGAUACUGACGACAGGCAGGCUUAGUGCCGUUGAUCUUGUUUGUUUAGAGUUAACUUCUACGACUUUUGGAGGGAGCCAUGGUUUAUACCCUAACAAAUGCAAGUCAAUGGUAGAUUUUGCCGCAUUUCAGCUGUGUUUGUCACAUGGCGUUUAUAAUGGGAUGUCACUUGAUGCCCAGAAAGAAUUGUUUGAUCGGUGUGGAGGAAAUUGGAAGCGGGUUUUGAGGUUCUUGCAGGCUGUGGAGGAAUCAUCUGGGAUGGUCGAGACUUCAGCAGGCAAUAUGCAGAUUACAACUGGAAGGUAUCACACAUUGCUGAUCAGCAAUUCAUCUGUGUAUUCUUGUGGUUCCAGUUUGUGUGGUGUUCUUGGGCAUGCUCCUGAAACAACACAAUGCGUAGCAUUCACCAGGAUUAGUUUCCCAUAUUUGGCUCAUGUGGUUCAAGUCUCAGCCUCUCACAAUCAUGCUGCAUUUGUUUUGGAGUCUGGAAAGGUUUUCACAUGUGGAGAUAAUUCAUCAUUUUGCUGUGGUCAUCAAGAUACAAGCCGCCCCAUAUUUAGGCCUAGGCUUGUUGAGGCAUUGAAGGGAGUUCCUUGCAAGCAGGUUGCUGCUGGACUUAACUUUACUGUUUUCCUUACGAGACAAGGCCAUGUCUAUAGUUGUGGAACCAACACACAUGGGCAGCUUGGUCAUGGUGACACAGUGGACAGAUCAACACCCAAAAUCAUUGAAUCACUUGAAGGAGUUGGCUCAAUUGUUCAGAUAGCAGCAGGUCCGAGCUAUGUCUUAGCUGUUACUGAUAAUGGGGCAGUGUACUCUUUUGGAUCUGGUUCUAAUUUCUGUCUUGGUCAUGGAGAGCAGCAUAAUGAGUUCCUGCCUCGCGCAGUUCAGACCUUUAGGAGAAAGGGCAUUCACGUGGUUCGUGUGUCUGCUGGAGAUGAACAUGCUGUGGCACUCGAUUCCAGUGGAUUUGUUUAUACAUGGGGAAAAGGUUACUGCGGUGCAUUGGGCCAUGGAGAUGAGAUUGAUAAGACUCUUCCAGAACCCUUGAAUAGCCUUAAGAGUCACCUUGCUGUGCAGGUUUGUGCAAGAAAAAGGAAAACAUUUGUUCUGGUUGAUGGCGGUCAUGUUUAUGGCUUCGGUUGGAUGGGGUUUGGUAGCCUUGGUUUUCCCGAUAGGGGAGUAUAUGAUAAAGUGAUGAGACCUCGAAUCCUUGAUAGUUUAAGAGCACAUCGUGUUUCUCAGAUCAGCACAGGUCUGUAUCACACUGUUGCAGUCACUAGCCAGGGGCAGAUAUUUGGAUUUGGAGAUAAUGAAAGAGCACAGCUUGGGCACGACAUGUUGAGAGGAUGCCUCGAACCAACUGAAAUUUUUGUUCCAGAAUUGGCUGAUGAUACAGAUCUUGCUUCUGAAAGUGAAUGAUUGUCAAAGUGUCAAAGAGCAGUCAUUUGCUGAUGAUACAGAUCUUGAUGUUAUUAGUGAAUGAUUGUCAAAGUGGCUGAUGAUACAGAUCUUGAUGUUAUUAGUUUAAAUGGUUAUGUACUUGAUAGAUAUUUUUUGUCCAAGAAGAAGUAACAAGAGUACAAGAUUAAAGGAACUAUUAAAGAAGACUAAUAGUUCCUACUUUGAUUGACCUAUAGCUGCUAUUUUAUUAUUUUCUUCCUUUCA